GGCCCCCCGGCGCCCUCGCUUCACCUCGCGGGCUGCCACCGAGGGCAGCUCGGAUGUCCGGUUUCCUGUGAGGCUCGUACCUGACACCCGGGAGCCUCAACCCCGGCUCGGGGCUGCCAUAUCCGAGGGCCAAAGUUGGGAGCUGCGGAGUCCCCGGGAAUCCGCUCGCCCAAGGUUGGGGCGGGGGGGGGGGGUCUCCCCGAAGGAAACCGCGGGACUGGGACGAGGACGGGAGCUCAGGCUUGCGCCCUCCAGCCUGCGCCUGCCAUCCGACCGGCCUCCCCUGCUCCCGGUCCUUCCACCAUGCACUUGCUGGGCUUCUUGUCUCUGGCGUGUUCCCUGCUCGCCGCUGCGCUGAUCCCGGGUCCCCGCGAGGCGCCCGCCACCGCCGCCGCCUUCGAGUCGGGACUGGGCUUCUCGGAAGCGGAGCCCGACGGGGGCGAGGUCAAGGCUUUCACAGGCAAAGACCUGGAGGAGCAGUUGCGGUCCGUGUCCAGUGUGGAUGAGCUCAUGUCUGUCCUGUACCCAGACUACUGGAAAAUGUACAAGUGCCAGCUAAGGAAAGGUGGCUGGCAGCAGCCCACCCUCAACACCAGGACAGGGGACACAGUAAAAUUUGCUGCUGCACAUUAUAACACAGAGAUCCUGAAAAGUAUUGAUCAUGAGUGGAGAAAGACUCAAUGCAUGCCACGUGAGGUGUGUAUAGAUGUGGGGAAGGAGUUUGGAGCAGCCACAAACACCUUCUUUAAACCUCCAUGUGUGUCCGUCUACAGAUGUGGGGGCUGCUGCAACAGCGAGGGGCUCCAGUGCAUGAACUCCAGCACAGGUUACCUCAGCAAGACGUUGUUUGAAAUUACAGUGCCUCUCUCUCAAGGCCCCAAGCCAGUCACAAUCAGUUUUGCCAAUCAUACUUCCUGCCGAUGCAUGUCUAAACUGGACGUUUACAGACAAGUUCAUUCAAUUAUUAGACGUUCUCUGCCAGCAACAUUAUCACAGUGUCAAGCAGCCAACAAAACUUGUCCAGCCAACUAUGUAUGGAAUCACCACAUGUGCCGAUGCCUGGCUCAGCAGGAUUUUAUCUAUUACUCAAAUGCUGAGGAUGACGCAACCAAUGGAUUCCAUGAUGUCUGUGGACCCAACAAGGAGCUGGACGAAGAUACCUGUCAGUGUGUCUGCAGAGGGGGGCUUCGGCCAUCCAGCUGUGGACCUCACAAAGAGCUAGACAGAAACUCGUGCCAGUGUGUUUGUAAAAACAAACUUUUGCCCACCUCAUGUGGAGCCAACAGAGAAUUUGAUGAAAACACAUGCCAGUGUGUAUGUAAAAGAACCUGUCCUAGAAACCAACCCCUGAAUCCCGGAAAAUGUGCCUGUGAAUGUACAGAAAACACACAGAAGUGCUUCCUAAAAGGGAAGAAAUUCCACCAUCAAACAUGCAGCUGUUACAGACGGCCAUGUCCCAAUCGACUGAAGCAUUGUGAUCCGGGACUGUCGUUUAGUGAAGAAGUAUGUCGCUGUGUCCCAUCAUAUUGGAAAAGACCACAUAUGAACUAAGAUAUACCAGUUUUCAGUUCGUCAUUUUACUGUCUUGAAAAAACUGUUGCCACGUUAGAACUGUUUAUGCACAGGAAGACUCUGUGGGGCCGUGGUGACAGAGGCCCAAGUCUGUGUUUCCUGGACCAUGUGGUUAGCUGCAGGAAUGGACGGGCGCUCAUCUGAAAAGACCUCUUCAAAGAAUGGUUUCCUACCAGUGACCAGACAGCUGAGGUUUUUCUCUUGUGAUUUAAAAAAAAAGGAAAAAAAAAAAAGAAUGACUAUAUAAUUUAUUUCCACUAAAAAUAUUGUUCCUGCAUUCAUUUUUAUAGCAAUAACAAUUGGUAAAGCUCACUGUGAUCAGUAUUUUUAUAACAUGCAAACUAUGUUUAAAAUAAAGUGAAAAUUGUAUUAUUAGCUGUGAAGUUCAGUCCAUUGCCAUCUUACAUUAUAUUCCAGGUUUUAGGAAAUGAAAUGUCAAUUUCCAAAAUUCUCUCAUCACAGAUAUGUGAGUUGUCUUCCGUUUUUUAAGUGAGGAGUACUCUGCAGACUCAAAGCAGA